CUACAUCUUCCGCUCAUCCAUCGGCAUGUUUGUGUUUAAAAUUUACGUAAUUUUCAAAGCCAUAUGCAAGUCUAUAUAGAAAAUUCCCAAGAGUUGGCGCAUGACCUAUCCUAUAAGUAUAAAUUGAAUAAUAUUUCAGUAGAAUCAUAUAAAUAAAUAAACAACCAUGCAAUUUCUUAUCUUUGGAAAUAAGCUGUACGUCACAGCGUUUUGUUCAUCAUCAUCGAAUUCCUCUUCUCAACGGCUGAUUCCUCUGAUAUAAAAUGACAAGUUAAACGUCAACCAAGAGUAGUUUAGCUUUUUUACUUGUGCUGGUCACUACUUCGCUUUUCUGCUUCAAUUAAUUAUUACACUUGUGCUUUUAAUUAAUUAUAAUUUUGUCUACAAAAACCUAUAUCAUCUUCUUUUAAUAGUAAUUUAUUAAGUUUUGCUAUUUCAAUAAUAUUUUAAAAGAAACAACGAAAAUGCAAUCUAUGUGGUGUUUUUUAAUUAUUUGCCUAAGUGCUUGUUGCCAAUCCAUAAACACUGCCUAUCUACCAUCACCACAAAGUCUAGAGAGUUCUUUGACUGUUGUCAAUGCAGAACAAUCCAUAAAAACUCGAUUAGUAGGUGAUAAUGUCGAUGAUGAUGAUGAUUUUCAUUCAAGAAGAAAACGUGCCCUCUCCGAUUGGCUAAUUGCACCGAACACGCGAUGGUGCGGUCGCGGCAAUACAGCUGGCAGCUACAAUCAUUUGGGCGGCGCAUCGAGUGCGGACAAAUGUUGUCGCCGACACGAUCAUUGCCAACACAACAUUCCUGGCAUGGCCACCAAAUAUGAUCUCUUCAAUUAUCGUCCCUUCACUCUCAGCCAUUGCAGCUGUGAUCGUCGUUUCCAUACGUGCCUCAAAAUGGCUAGCAACUCUGAUGCCAAUAUGGUUGGAAAGUUGUUCUUCAAUGUUGUACAGACACAAUGUUUCGUAUUAAAACCAGAAAAGGUGUGUCUGCAGCGGUCGACUGAGGGUGUUUGCGAAAAGGAAGGAAUUAAACAUAAGGCUUAUCUCAAGGACAAUUUAGAUUUUUAAAUACAAAUGAUGUAUGUCUAUCUUCCAGGAAGAGAGAAGGAACCUCAUUUCACUCAUAUCGUCUUUCUUGUGCCAAUUAAGUAACAUUAUUACCUUCCUAGUUGUACUUAAUUGAAGGCAAAGGUGUCUUAUCUUGAUAUUUUGUAGUUUUGUUUUCUAGUACAAACCAAUGAGCUAUUAAUAAUGUUAAAAGUUAACUAUAAAUAAUGGAUUUGUUAAAAAAAAAUGUUGAUUAGAGAAACAAAUGUAAACCUAUUAGUAACGGUUAUUUUGUCAAAUCUAAAAAAAAUAAAAAAAAGAGAUGAACUUUGUACUUAAAUAAUUUUAUUUUUUUGUUAAAAAUAAAAAAAUCCAGAAUCUUUUUGUAUACUCUGCCGUAUUUAAGCAAUACCUAAUUACU